GCCAUUUUGAGCAGAACAGGCAACGGGCACCUUGUUCCGGCGCACUCUUAAAUAAUCAAAAACUAUUUAGUUAAAACUUCUCAGGAAUAAUGAAUAGCAUUGGCAAGGACUGUGACGAACUGAAGAAGCAGUACGACGCCUGCUUCAACAGCUGGUUCUCGGAGCAGUUCCUCAAGGGCCGGACGGAUGACUCGGCAUGCGCGCCAAUCUUCCGGGUUUAUCAAGAGUGCGUCAAGCGCGCCAUGCUGGAGCAGAAGAUAGACCUCAGCAAGAUCGGGGCGGAGUACAGCACGCGGUCGGAGUACGAGGGCGCCGGGAGCAGUGCUGCCGGUGGCAAGCAGCAGGGCAGCAAGAGUUGACCCGUAACACCGGUCGGAGAUACUAGUGGCCUCCCCACCGGCCCCGAGGAGCGCCGGCACAAGCGAGGGGGAACGGCCUAGGAUGGAUACUUGCCACUUGCCCGUACCAGAUGCAGCUUUUGUUACGUUCUAUGAUUCCUAAUCAAUAACCCUAGACCUUAUAUAAAUUUGGUAGUGAAUGUGCGGUAGUUAUCCAUUAAGUUCAAGCUCAUAAACUGUUAGAUUGCAAUAAAAUUUGUUGUAUAUAGUGUA